CAACACGUGUCUUUAGCUCCACGAUCUCGUCAAUAAGUUUCACAUUAUAGUUAAUAAUCACUUACUAGUUCUUUCUGAUCUCUCUUAUUUCGCGUUUAAGGCUCUAGAUCGUUUCAUUCUGCUGCUGGAUGAUUUUAGUUAACGCGGGGUCGCUUGCGAUAGUAUUCGUUUUACUUAGUGGUGCUAGUAGCUCAGCUAGCAAGAAUGUCGCUUCGCGGUCGCGUUUAGGGGUCGAGAUUGCCAUCUCUCGCGCGUCCAGAUCGCAAACUCAUUCACACAAUCAAGACCGCAUACAGUCGUCCUCUAUUUGUGUACCCCUACGGUAUCCCUACGGUAUACAAUCGUUAGCCCCUUAUUCACACACUUGCUCCACGGAUACGAGCCCAUGCAGCUCCAGCCUAGUAAGUAGAGUAGCUUGGACGACCGUGACCCCGGAUCGCUGCCAGAAUCUGGAGCGUGAGCCGAAGCGGGCGGCUGCCAUGGCCCUCUUGGGAGAUACACUCGGACAAAUCCUAUUGGUUCAACCCAUGGUUCAAACACGGCGCGCUGCGAAAUGCCUCCUUCACUCCCCAUACGUUCAUCAGCGCAUGCCUCUCCUUCAUGCUGACCCUUGGUCAGCGUUGCAUUGCCAUUGCCAGGGACUCUCCUUGAAGCAUGUCGUUAGGCGGCCGGCUCAUCAUCGGCUCCCAGCAGCGCCACCUCUGGCCCACUUCUAGAAACCCUCUCAUUACCCAGGCAGUGGAGCGCGGAGCGUGGAUGCAUUAGGGCCUGCUUUCCACAUGCUCGGUGUUUUUCCAAGACCCUCUGGGGAGCCCUAUCCGAACCCGUCCCGCCAGCAAUUGGAUCCCAAGCUC